UCUAAGAAUGCAUCUUCCACACCUUCUUGGCCUCCACAAUGUCCAUUGCCCAAGCCAGCAGAGAACCGCAGCCCUUGCAGCCCCCGCAGCCCUUCCAGUGUCUCGUCUGCCAAAGCCGCUUCACCAGACAUGAGAACCUCAAGCGACACGCUGCACUCCAUUCUCGGCCUCAAGACCGAACCGCUCUUUACUGUCAAUUUUGUCCUGCUAAGUUCUCGCGGCCCGAUCUACGAUGCCGUCAUAUGAAGAGAAAGCAUCCCGAACAUGAGCAGACACACACUACAAAAAGGUCACGGCAAGAACGGCCGUCUUUUGGACAUGCGAGUGACGAUGUACGCUCACCCCAUGUAGAGAGGGCCUCCCCAGGAAGUCAAGAUGGCUCUUCGCCUUCGUAUCCAGGCGAAGACAGCGAGUUGAGCUCGACUGCCUGGAGUACAGCCUUGCAGUAUACACAGCGCCACCGUCGAACAGGGGACAGCGCACCGACGAGUAAUAUAGAUAACGCACAGCUUAUUGCGGAUUCCUUGACGCCGCACUUGUCGCUGGCUGAGACGAAUCGCCUUGACCAGACUAUUCAAGAUGCGACAGAUCUGGAACAAAGCUUACUACUAGAGACGUCGUUUCUCAAGCGAGCAAAUGGCCUACAUACGCAAUCGGAUCCGAUUCUUACCCUGCAGUCUCGCUCUUUCGAUUCCGGCUUGGCCGGUUUUAAUUUCAAUCUAUUAUCGAAUAAUCUAUCCCAAAUUCAGGAGGAUUGGUCUCCGUCCACGUUCCAAAUUACGCAAGGCUGUGAUCUCUUCUUCAGCCAUGUCUCACACUUCAUCCCAUUCCUCCAUCAACCUACAUUCGACACAACCCAAACUACUCCUUACCUGACCCUUAGUAUUCUGAGCCUUGCCUAUCAAUAUGGCGAGGACCCGGAUUGUGCUGAUCAAUCAGGUUCUGGUGUGAGCUUGUCUAGACGUUGCUUUUAUCAAGCUCGGGCACUCAUUGCCGCUGAGGAGGGAAGUUUGGAUUGUUCAGCAAGUUAUUUGCCCAUGGUCCAGUCAUAUCUCUUACUUCAAAUUUGUGCCAUGAUGUAUCUUUGUAGUGAUGACUCAGCGCAUGGUCUCAAGAUGCAUUCUGACAUGAUUUCUCUUGCUCGAGCCGGCGGAUUAACACAGCCGCUCCCAGUUGAAUCCGCCAUGGCUGAGGACCUUGACUCACUGUGGCGGCAAUUCACCAAAACAGAGUCACACAAGCGAACUCUUUUUGCUGUCCACCAGAUUGAUGCAUUGUGGUAUCAACUCUUUUCUAUACCUCGGCAAAUCUCUCAUUUGGAAAUCAAACAUGAACUCCCCUGUUCAGAAGAUCACUGGACAGCAUCUUCCUCGGCGGAAUGGGCACACCGGCAGCUUGUUGCAAAAAAUCCCGGUCCCCUUUUGCAAUAUGUAGAUGCCGUCCGUCACUUUCUAUCAUCUGAUGCCGACCUCAGCGCCAUUCCAGCGUUUGACCCGUACGGGGCUAUCAACAUUGCCCAAUUCCUGAUUUCUAGCGCUCGAGAAAUAUCAGGUUGGUCCACAAUGACAGGAUUACUUAGUAUAGAUAGAUUUGCCGCUUUACGCUCAUCGCUCAUCGCUCUCAACCCUUACAUCCACCCAGAAACUGAGACCGCAAUGACAACGCACGGAGCGAUAUGCGCUGCAACAUGGCAAACCGCUAUGAUUGAGCUACAGAUGUGGUCCCCAUUACAUACUGAUGGUGUCGUAGGAGCAAGUGUGGACGCCCUGUUGAAGCAGUUGACCUCGCUGGCUCCUUCUUCCGAGUUCAUUUGCGAAGCCAACACUAUCAAAGCUAUUCAGACACAUAUUGACUGGUUCUUACGCUAUCUGGAUACAACACUUGUGCCAGAUCGGGAAGCACCGUGGGUUACUUUAUACGCUUAUAAAGCGUUUUUAAUCGCCUGGCAGCUUGUUCGUGAGUGGGUGUCAGAUUCAAUGCGGGUCGUUGGUAUCCAAGAUGGUGACAUUGAGGGUGCUUUGACGUGGGCAAGAAGAGUCUUUGGGCGCAGACAGAAAUGGCAGCUUGGAAAACUUAUCAUUUCUUGUUUGGAUGAACUAGGCCAGUAAACCUUUUGAUGAUGCAAAAAUACUGGAUGAUCUGAUAUUCACUUUGCCGGCACGAUAACUGGUGUUAUGAAACUUCACUUGACAUUACAAAACCUAUAGUCUAUGAUGAACAUUGAAGUUGGUUUCUAUCCAUGUUAAAUUAAAUAGUGGCAAUUGAGUUCAAAACUACGUAAGUG